AUGCGUAUACUUCACACACAGCGAAGCUUUCACGGUCACUUAUCCGCCUGGAGAUCGGAGCCCCCUAGGUCAACGUCCGCCACCCUUCAUCUCCCCAACGAGGUCCUGGCCGAGAUCUUUGGCUACUUCGAGUGCACCCUGCCAGUGGAAAAAUGGUGGACGAACGAAGCUGACGUGUCGCCCGUCGCAACCUUGAAGUCUCGCUGUCUGACUUGUCGCGAGUUUCGCAAUUUGGCCCAGCCUCUCCUCCUUUGCAAUGUCAUCAUCUGGGGUCGAGAAGCCGAGACAGAGCUGUUUGUCAGGUUGAUGAAAGCUCUGCUGGAACGUCCCACUCUUGGACACCAUGUUCGCACAUUCUCCUUCGGCUGGUGCGACGAGCAUGUGGCGCGAAACGCCGGCUUGAGCUGGCCAGAUGUCUUCGACUGUAUGAACCAUGAGCUGGACCUUCCGCCUCGAUUCAAGGCAAGCAUCUCAUCCCUAUCCGAGGGAGAUAGUAUGCAGGUCCAAGAAGCGCCGGAUGGGACAUGUGCGAAGAAUCGAUGUGCCAACUUUGGCCUACCACUGCUGAAGGAAAUCCGCAUCCAGCAUCCGGGCAAUAAAACGGCCACUGACAUUUUGGACGUCGAAGGGGUUCUGCUCCAUCCCGGCGUGGAGACUAUCCGAACCGUUGGAAUACACUGGAAAGGCGACAACGGUACGGGAAGCCGGUGCCGGCAUGUCGAGUCGAACAUUAGAACACUUGAACUACAUCAGUGUAUUGUUGACGACCAGGGGUUGGAGAUUAUGUUCCAGCAAUGUCCGGCCUUGGAGAACCUGUCCAUCCAACUGGGGGGCGCAUAUCCCACGUCUGAUAUUGCCGAAGAUGAAUGGGACUUUGACAUGGGCAAGAUUGCCAACCUACUCUAG